GUCGCUGAGCCUUGGCGUGGCGUUGGUAAAACCACUGGCCACCUGUCGGUGUAGGAGUGCGUAAAGUGUAUAAAAGCGCGGCAAAGCCUAAUUCUGUGAGUUUUUGACAUUCGGAUAAUUGCACCGGACAUGAGGGAAUUUCUGGAGCGCUAUUGUGUACCGCACCGGUGGUCGUAAUACUAUAAGUGUGGCAUCUAAAAAAAUGCCACAAUAACGUGGCACGUUGUUGGCAUAACAAUCGGCGAAACAGCGAACGCGGCACACGCGGUACUUACGCGACUUAUCACGCUGCCGACUGUUUCCGAUAACUGGACUUGACAUAUCCUGACGGAAUUGAAAGGAGCAAAGGAAGAUGGUCAACAGUCAAGUGCUUAGCAUGCUGCUCGUGGUCCUAGGCUCGGUUUACUGUAACCCUGCUGCACCGCGAGCCGCUGGUCUGGAACUGAUCAUCCUUCACAACAACGACAUGCACGCCAGGUUCGAGCAGACGGGAGCAUACAGUAACGAUUGCCAGCCGGAAGAUGUUGCCAGCAACCAUUGCUACGGAGGCUUUGCCCGAGUGGCCCACAAAGUUCGAGAGUACCGCGAGAAGGAAGCGGCCGGGGGUCUACCGGUGCUGUAUCUCAACGCAGGCGACACGUACACCGGAACGCCAUGGUUUUCGGUCUACAAGGACAACAUAACGGCCGCCUUCCUGAACAAACUUAAACCAGACGCCAUCUCGCUCGGAAACCACGAGUUUGACCUGGGCGUGGAAGGACUGGUACCGUUCCUGGACGAGGUCGACUUCCCCGUGCUGGUGACGAACUUGGACCUCUCGAAGACGCCCACGAUGCAAACGACCAAAUCACUCAACCGAUCGGCCAUCUUCACGAAAGCGGGCGUUCGUAUCGGAGUCAUCGGCUACCUUACACCGGAAACGAAGACAUUGACCCCCGUGAACACGGUUGAGUUUGUGGACGAAAUCGAGGCGAUCAACAAAGAAGCGACCGCGCUGAAGGAACAAGGCGUCCACGUGCUGAUCGCCUUGGGGCACAGUGGUCUCGAGCGGGACAAGCAAAUCGCGGCCGAGUGUCCGGAUGUUGAUCUGGUGAUUGGUGGCCAUUCGCACACGUUCCUGUACAGUGGGAGCGCUCCCAGUGUGGAGACACCCGAAGGUCCCUAUCCGGUGAUGGUGAAGAAUGCCGCCGGUAAGGAUGUUCCGGUGGUGCAAGCGUACGCCUACACGAAGUAUCUCGGCUAUCUGCAUGUGAUGUUCGACGACGGUGGUAACCUGAUCGAAUUGGACGGCACUCCGAUCCUGCUGAACGGUACGGUGCAGCGUGACUCGGAUGUGCUCGAGCUGCUGGAGCUCUACCGACCGGGCAUCCUGGAGUUGGACGAAAAAAUUGGACACACGAACGUGUUUCUUGACUCCAGUCGCUGUCGGUUUGAGGAGUGCAACAUCGGCAACAUGCUGGCCGACUCGGUCGUGAUAACGUACGCGGUGACGCGCGAAAGUAACGCCGACGACUACUGGACGGACGCCGCGAUCGGAUUCGUGCAGGGUGGCGGCAUUCGUGCGUCCAUCAGUGCUGGGCCAAUCACGAUGAAGGACCUCAAAACGGUGCUACCGUUCGGUAAUGCCAUGGUAGUGACGGAGGUCACCGGUUCCACUAUCCGGCAGAUGCUGGAACACAGCGUCCACCGGUACGAUGGAGUGACCGGGUACGGAGAAUUCCUGCAGAUGGCAGGAAUCCAUGUGGAGUACGACCUUUCGCGGCCACCUCUGGAGCGAGUUGUGAGCGUCGUGGUGCGCUGCGCAAAGUGUCAAGUUCCAUCCUACUCACCCCUGAACGACGAUUCCUCCUACCGGAUCAUCAUGAGCCAGUUUCUGUACGACGGUGGCGAUGGGUACGAUAUGUUACCGGGCACCCCGAAGGAAACGCUGAAGUUCGGAGAGUACGAAAUUACCGAGGAGUAUCUCAAACGGUACUCGCCCAUCUACCCCGCCAUCGAGUGGCGAAUUCGAAUGGAAGGAGUACCGACGCUACCUCCCGCCACGACGACCGUACCCGGAGUUAGUACCACGACCGAAGACAAUGGAGCUGGCAACGUUAACCGUAUAGCGAUGUCCACUCUCGCAACAAUGUUCCUGGUAGCACUUAACUACUAACUACUGUAAGCAAACUUUACACUGCUUAGGCUUAAGUACUUGGUUCCAUUUCACAGUUCAAUGUUUGCUGUACAAGAUCGGGUAAUUUGAAAAUUUGUAAAAAAUAGAAACGAAAUGUUUAAGUAAAUAUUGUUGAUAGCGAAUCAAACCCAGUUUCUUUUGGAACAAUUACAAACCAAUCUUAUCUCUUCUGUAUCUCCUGUGAAGAAUCAGUAGAUUUUGAAAAGGGGGCAGUGCUGAUGGGUUAGCUUUCCAUUUAAAACGUUAUCUGCAACUUUCUGUAAAUGGCCAUCAUUUCUUUUCGGAAUAUGUCAUCUGCAGAUUAAAUAGAAUACAAAAGAGUUGCAGUGGCGAAAAUUAUUACAAAAUGCAACAAACUUUGAACCAUAAUUUUACAAUACAUAUCACAAUUACCACAAUACAUGACACUAACAAAAUACCGUUCUGACACUUUCCAUCAUCUAAUUAUAAGAUAACGGUGAAUUGUUUAGGUUUGAUUUGGCAGAAGGUUUACUUUUGUAGUAACCUUGAAAGGAGGUUUUUGCAAUAUUUAUUGUGUUAAGCUAUUUCACGGCCACGUUAAGUGCACCACGUUUCGACUUCCUUCCAAAUCAGGUACAUGCUCUUAUGGUUCUUGGCUGUAUCUUUUGCUCCUGGCCAACGUUCACCUGUUUGUUCAUCUGUGAAGUCAACUAAAUGGCGUGUGGGGUUGGGUUUUACUUAUUGAAUCUGAACUCAAUUAUGGACCCGAAAAUUUAAACUCCAGCUGCGAUUAAAUACAUGAACCAUUAUUCAAUGGUUCUAAGCAUUAUUAUUAGCGUAAUUAGUUUUGAUUUGUCAUUCUACGUCACGUCACAAGCGAUCGUCCGUAGGAUAUGCUCACUAGAUUCUGCGCAUGCCGCUCGCAGCCCUUCACAGAACAUUGGCACCCCAAACGUUAUCCUCGAUCCAGUCCAGAUAGUACGAUACC